CUCUACACCAGAACAAUGUAGAAGCAGUACAUAGACCACCAGCAUACACCCAGCAUACACCCAGCAUACACUCGACAAAGAUGUCACCAGACGGCUCAGGAUGGAGUCCAGCACAUCGUCGCCGUUCGUCAGCAACAGUCAAGACCGACAGUCCCGGACAUGCUCGUCACUCGUCCACCAUUUCCGACAUAACAGUCGUCUCACCAGCUGAAGCCGCGGCACAAUUCACCAACUCCUCAACUCCACCCCUUACAAUCGCAAUAAUAACAUACGGCUCCCGCGGCGACGUCCAACCCUACCUCGCCCUCGCCAAGACCCUCCUCUCCCACAAGCACACCCCAGUCCUCUUCACCCACCCAAAAUAUCAAUCUCUCAUCGAGGAGGCAGGGGUAGAGUUCGUGUCGAUUGGAGGAGAUGAGGGAACAGAGGAGUUGUAUGCGCAUAUGGUCAAGUAUGGGUUGAGUGGAUGGAAGACGUUGGGGUGGAUGGGUGGGGGGGAGUAUCGGAAGUAUUACGAUGAGAUGUGGGAGGGGGCUUGGAGUGGGUUGAUUCACUCGAAACAUCGGUGGUCGUUUUUGUUGACGCAUCAUUUGUUGUUGCUGGGGCCUCAUCUGGCGGAGAAGUUGGAUUUGCCGCAUAUCUCGAUUCAGCACUUCCCGGUACAUUCGACACCCCUCCUCCCUGCACCCUUCCUCGAGUCAACAUCGUAUAUUGCCAACAACCGUAUUACCCGCCUCCUCAACAAACUCUCCUUCAGAUGCUUCGCGUACGGGAAUGUCUGGCAGCAUGGGGAUGCCAUCAACGCAUUUCGCGUACGAAGGUUAGGCAUGAGACCAUUGGGUGUGAGGGAGAUGUGGCACAUCAUGUGUGGGUACGAGAAGAGGGCAGGACGAAGUAUGUACCCGAUGAGCCCCACGUUGUGGCCCCUAACCUUCAAGAAGGGGAUGGAUGUCGUCCUCACCGGACACUGGGAUACACCCGUCGAUCCUGACUAUGAACCGUCGGAAAAUAUCAAGGCGUUACUGGCCAAGGCGAGUGAUAGAGGUGAAGAAGUUGUAUAUCUGGGCUUUGGCAGCAUGCCCUACCUCGACCCCGAACACCAACUCCACGAACUCAUAACCUGUAUCCGCGAAGUCGCCAAACCAAUGAUUGUCGGCAUCGGAAAAGAAUACAUCCAGAACCCUAGCAUCACCUCCUUCCGCGACUCCCACGAAGGAGCUGACGUGGUCUUUGUCGAGAGCAUUCCGCAUGGGUGGCUGUUCCCGAGGGAGGAGAUAGGGUGUAUCGUGCAUCAUGGUGGGAGUGGGACUACGCACGCCGCUAUCUGCGCACAGAAACCCUCGUUGAUCGUACCGCAUUUUGGGGAUCAAUUCGCGAACGGUGGGAUGUUACGCGCUUUGAAACUGGGAUGGGGCGUACCGAAGGGAACCACCGGUAGGGCUUUAGCGAAGGAAGUUGAAAGAGUGAUGACGGAGGAAGGGGUUAGGGAGCAGUGUGCUGUCGUGGGCGCGAAGGUUAAAGGGGAGGAUGGGUGUACGAAAGCAGUGGGAGAGAUUGAGGAGGAGUGGGCGAAGUGGAUGCAUGAAAGGGAGGGCAAGAGGAGAGUGAGUUUCGGAGGGUGGGCGAGGGGGUAUGAUGCGGUGUAAGAGAGAAGGAAGAGCUGGGUUUAUGAUACAUGAGAAUCGUUUAACUGG